UCAGGAGUAGACGCUGCAAUAGCUGCUUAAGUUAAACAGACCUCAAAGGUCUUUACAUGUUAGAGGGAACAAGAGCAAUAACAAUGAUAACGUUAUGGAUAAAGAAAAGAUGAAGCUGUUUUUGUUGAUUCUCCUCUGCUGUGGCUCAUUCGCAGUGAAACACACGCUGAAGUAUUUUGUCACUGGAUCCUCUGGAGCUCCGAACAUCCCAGAACUUUUUGGUGUGCUGAUGGUUGAUGGCAUUCAGAUGGGUUACUGUGACGUGAGCAAGAAGAUAUUGGAACCAAGACAGGAGUGGGCGAAGAACAUUUUAAAAAAACACCCUGAGCAACUGGGCUGGUACAAGAGCAAGUGUUUUGAGGAUCAGCCAAACUUCUUCAGAGAGCUGAUUUCCAGUUUGAAACAGCAGUUCAAUCGAAGUGAAGGUGUCCACAUUUUACAAAGGAUAGAUGGCUGUGAAUGGGAUGAAACCACUGGGGAGGUUAUUGGUAUAAUACAGUAUCAUUAUAACGGAGAAGACUUCCUUGAAUUUGAUCUGAAGAAACAGACAUGGAUCGCACUGAAACCAGAGGCUGACGUUACCAAACAGAAAUGGGAUACGGACCAACGUGGAAUAAAACACAAAGAAAAUGACCUCAAAAACAUUUGUCCAGAGCAUCUGAAGCUGUAUGUGGAGUAUGAGAAAAGCUUCCCACAGACAAAAGUUCUUCCCUCAGUGUCUCUCCUCCAGAAGACUCCCUCCUCUCCAGUCAGCUGCCACGCUACAGGUUUCUAUCCUGACAGAGCCGUGAUGUUCUGGAGGAAAGAUGGAGAGGAACUUCAUGAAGGUGUGGAGAUAGGAGAGAUCCUCCCCAAUAAUGAUGGAACCUUCCAGCUGAGUGUUAACUUGAAUGUUUCAUCAGUCACACCUGAAGACUGGAGAAGAUACGAGUGUGUGUUUCAGCUCUCUGAUGUUGAGAACAACAGUGUCAACACACUGAAUAAAACAGUGAUCAGAACCAAUGAAUCUAAAAGAAAUUCGGGAGAGUCGCACUUUGACAAGGCAACCCCCAUCGUUGUUGCAGUGGGUGCUGUUCUUAUGCUCAUUGUGUUGGUUUGAUUGGUUGUUUAUGGUGCACUGUUCCAAAAAGUAGUAAUGUCAAAGUAUCUUACUGUAUAUUUUACAGUUUUGUCACUGUUUUUCUAGAAUAUCAUUAAAUUUACACAAGUAGACUGUGAUUUUACAUGUCAAAUGUAAAAUAACAUAACAUCACUGUAAAUAUAG